AUGAAUUCGUCCAAGCAUGAACAGGCCGUUGCAGAGUUGAAUUCACCAGAUCGGACGACGUGUUUAAAUGCUCUUCGGUUUAUUAAAAACAACGUCAUUGGCAAUAAGACAAAGAAAGAUCUCUACAUUCAACUCAAUGUCAUACCAAAGCUGGUCAAAUUUCUUGGGGAUAGGAGUGAAGCUGAUACGCAAGUGAAGAUCCAAUCUGUAAUAAUUCUCGGAAGUUUUGCGUAUGGUGGAGAGGAGAAUGUAAUGGACCUUGUUAGACAUAACGCGAUAAGACCUCUAUUAGACUGCAUAUCAUUGAAGAAUGACCCAAAGUUGAUUGAAGCGGCUGCGAGAGCGCUCAAGGCCGCUUACAAGUCGCCUGCUGCAGACAAGAGUGAUGUGUUUCACGAUGACUAUCUUCGAGAUAUCAUCGUGCUUCUGAACCCAGAUUCUCUAAGUCCAAAGACCGAUCGCGAAAAGAUCACGGCUAUUCACAUUGCCGAAGUAGCAGCAACGAUUAUUGCUCGAUGUUGUGAUACGAGCGAGCAGCAAUUGCAAAUAGCACACGCGGGUGCACCGACUGCACUGAUAAAAUUACUUACAUGUGGCUAUGCCAAAGCUCAAGAAGCGGCUUUAGAUGCUUUGGCGUUUCUGUGUCGGGAGAAUACCAUGUUCGGCAAAGCUAUUGUUGAAAUCAAAACAAUAGAAGAGUAUUCCGAUGAUAUAAAAUUGGGUGUCCUACCAACGCUGGUCAAAUUACUUGAUGAGAAAGGGCCUGUUCAGGAAGAAGCACCUCAUGUCCUAGCAUAUUUAAUCAGAGACAAUGAAAAUUUGCAAAAGGCUGCUUGCGAAGCAGAGGCUAUAACCAAGCUGGCUCAGAUUAUUACUCAGAUUGGAAAUGAAGAACGUUUAUAUUACGAUUCAGCUGAUAGUGACAAAUUAAAAGAGAACGCUCUUACUGCUCUUGCAGCAAUGAGUUCAUUGACUGACACUGGUCGCAAAUUGGUUGUAGAAGCGAAUAUAGUAACACAGAUUGUACAAGCAAUGUCGCAUCGCUCAUAUGGAGUGCGGGCUGCGGCAUGUCAAUGUACGCGGAGUCUGUCCAGAUCAGUAAACAUACUACGUACCAGUCUAAUAGAUGCAGGUGUGGCUGGUCCAUUAUUUAAGCUUCUCUCUGACGAAUCAACAGAUGUACAGACAAUUGCAUGCGCUACACUAUGUAAUAUGGUCCUCGAAUUUGCUCCGAUGAAAAAGACGGUCGUCGAAAUGGGUGGAAUAGAGAAAUUCGUGGAGUUGCUUCGGUCAUCUGAUAAUGCUCUUAGGCUUAAUGCAAUAUGGGCAUUAAAAAAUUUAGUGUGUUCCGCAGAAUCAGAUAUAAAAGAAGCCGUAAUGAAAAUAUUGACAUAUCCUACAAUGGCAAGCCUAAUAGACGAUCCAGAAAUCGAUAUUCAGGAACAGGCAAUUACUCUGUUGCGUAAUCUUGCAUGUAAACGAGCAGUGGAUAUCGAGGAAGUAUUUAAAGGAUUGGGUGAAAAUCAAUUAAUGGACAUUAUUGAAAACAAAUUGCUUCGAUACGAAGCAAAAGAAGAGAUCAUUAUGCAGAUUUUGUAUGUCAUUACUAAUAUCGCGAGCGGAGACGAACGACAUAAACAAAGCAUCAUGAGUCGAUCAUCAAUACUACAAAGCAUACUCAAAUACAUGGGCCAUGAGAAUCCGGAAAUACGCGUAGCUGCAGUUUGGUGUCUCAACAAUCUCACUCAUCCAGAAGACAAACAAAUAAUAGGAACACAAGAAAGAAUCAGACGAUUACGACAGAUGGGCUUUGAAGAGAAAAUUAAAAACAUGGCAGAAGAUGGGCAUUUAGAUGUCCGCGAGCGCGUAAAGCAGGCAUUGUCCCAAUUCUCGCAAGUAUAG